AUGACAACAACAACUACUCCAACAACAUCAUUCAUAACAGAUUUUCUUACAUGGAGAAAAACACAAAUAAAAACGAGCUAUGAAAGUUCAUCCAAGGUUGAUGUCACAACUCUUACCGCUGAAAAGUUCAUGGCACUCACCACUUACAAAGAUGUAACUGACUCAACAACAAACACCACAACCAAAGAGGACGCUGUUAAAACAGAAGCUGAUACAUAUUUGAUGAAUGUGAUAUUGUACCAUCUCGAAGACAAAGGUUUGAAAGCAUUGUCCGUCUCAAAACCAACGCUCACAGCCGAUAUACUAGCUACUUUCAGUGACACUGGAUACUCAGCAGACCUUACGAAAUAUGCCAAGUUGUGGUUGCUGUCGUCGAUUAACCAACAGAAGAAGGAUAAAAAACAAGAUAAUAUUAUCAAGGGUGAGGCAGUCAAUAAGGAUUUCAAGGAGAUGCAAAGUGGUAAAACCGUUACCAAUGUCAAUAUGAGACUAACAUUCAUUGCCACCGCCAAGAAAUGUGUCGAUUUCCUUCCAUACAUGUACAACUCUGAUACGAUGAUCACCAAGGUCCAAGACUACCUACUUACAGAUACCUACAAGUCUACAUGGGUGGAAGCACUCUACGAUCAAGUCAAGGAUAAGUUGAGCGAGAAGACAACAGCAUUCAAUGAUAACAACAAAUUUGCUGAGCUCAAAUCUAAACUUGAUGUAUUGGAUCCAUCAUUCAAUCUUUCGUGUAAGGUCAUCAAUGAAUACUAUUCAACUUUGUUCGCUCUCAUCGGUAAAAGUAGCUUGAAAGGUAAUCCAAAGAUUCAGAAACUGUUCAACCAAGUCACCAAAGAUACACUCCAAAAGAUUGCUGCCAAAAGUGACCAUCCAUGGUAUGAACUCGUUGGUAAAACCAAGGAUCUAUUCCAAGGAAAGUAUGCAACGAUGGCAGCUCAUUUCGGACGUACUCUAUUCAAGAUGAAUUUCAAGAAGAAAUUCAAGACAACCAGUUUGGACGCCAAAUCCGUGCUUACUUUGGACUCAACUAAAUUCUUGGCACUCAUUCAAAAGAAAUACGACAGCGUAGAUUUCAAAAAGGUUUGGACCGAUUCAAACAUGCAUAAGCUGGCAUCUGGUUUAUCGCUUUUAUGUAAUACCGCUGCGAUCUAUAGUGGAUUUCAGAGUUACAACCAGCAGACUACCACCGAGAUGAUUCUGACAUGGGUUAACACUGUAGCAUCGGGAGUAGACGUUACCACUUCUAUUGUAGAGGCAGCCAACUCUGGAUUCAAUGCUUAUCUUUGGGUCGGCAAGAAGAUAUCGACACUAAUGACACCAAAAGAUGCAGUAGUCCGAGCAGCCAGUGCUUCAACCAAUACAUCCAAGUUUGCUAAAUUCUUCAAGAUUGGUUCGAUCGUCAAAUAUGUCUCGGCAGUAAUGGUUGUAGUCAGUAUGGCAUACACAGUCUACGAUAUAGUUACAUCGAUUCAGAAUCAAGAUUGGGGAAUGCUUGCGCUUUCUGUGGUGGAGUUUACACUGGAGUUUGGACUUCUCAUUUUGACUUUUAUGACAGCAACAGCAUGGUCUGGUCCAGUCAGUUUGAUUCUUACUGCGGCUCUGAUUGUAGUUGGUCUUGUCAAAAUGUUUUGGGAACAGAUCAAACAAUUUUUCGUUGAUAUCGGUAAAUUCUUUGAUACAUUGAUCAGUGGUGAUCUAACAAAUGCUUUUAUCAGAUCCACCGAAGCUACAUAUCAUUUAACAAUUGAAGAGGAAAAAGCACAAAUGUUAGCUACACUUGAUGCUUAUGAAGCUGCACACCCAGAAGAAACUAGAAAGAUAGAGGAGAUGAGAAAGAAUAUUGAGGCAAUUUAG